AUGACGGGUUUGAAACCAAAAUUCUACAAAGAUGAGAAAGUAACGCUGCAUUUCAGAAAUAUCCUGUGGAAAUCUUAUCAUCAUCCAGACCAACAAUACUGCAGCCCAAGAAGAACAUACGCCAUCAGAAGGAUAAGAGAUGCCUUUAGAGAAAACAAGAACAUUGCGGAUUCUGAAAAAAUAGAAGAACUACUGAAUAAAGCCAAAGCAAACCUCCAGAUUAUUCAACGGCAGGUUACCAUUGACCAGCUGUACUCCACAGAAAAAUUGGUCAUUGAGAGUCCAGGAAACACAUAGCCAAGAAAAGUCUCUGAUCCUGAAGCAACACUGGACCAUCUUCAGCAUCCUACAGUGCCACAUACAGAAGCAUAAACUCACUGCACAUGUCUGAGCUUGUCUGUUCAGCAGAAGAAAUGCUUGAGAGACUCAGAUUUUGGCAACCAAAGUAUUAUUUUCUAAUGGGUUAUGUGUUCUAAGAUAAAUGGCUAUGAUUUUUAAUAGUAUGUAAGGUAAUUGAAAUCUGUUUGCUUGUAUGUCCCAUGUGAUGGAACAGUUCCUGCCCAGUUUUGACAAUAAAACUUCAUUAAACUACCUUUAACUCAG